GGAAAGAGAGAGAGCAAGAGAGAGAGAGAGAGCCACGGUGACUGAGUGAAAAAUCAUGUCAGCUCCACUGGGCUGUACACCACACACAGGGAAAGGGGGGAACGGCGGCACCAGGCAUGGAGCGCAACUUGCCUUUUCUCCGCAGCAACUUUGCAACUGAUGCGGCAUCUCGUCGCCUCUCUGGGCUUUAAGGAGCGGCGUCAGGAGGUCGCCGCGUUACCCACACAAACGCACAACUUUUGAGGAUUUUGCCGCUGGGAUUGCGCUGACAUCCCUGAACCAGAAAAAACAAACAAACAAACAAACAAACCCGAGGACUUCUGGAUGGUGAACUAAGGGAUUCGCUACACGGCUUGGAUGUCGGGCUGCGGGUAUGAACACGGCGCUGCCUUGGGUUGCAGUUAAGAAAUACGGGAAGGGGAACGCGUUUUAAGGACAACCGCUAGCACGGGCGCGUUUUUACAAAGGCAAAGACACUCACAUGUUAAUGUAUCGCUUUUGAAUGAAAAAAGCACAGCCUUUAAGGGAAGAAAGGCAGGGGAUUUACUGCUUUCUUUCCAAGAAACUGCUGUCCCCGGUUGAAGCACGAACGGAUGCUCGCGUAUGUAAUCCAAGACGACGAAAGUUUUAGCAAGUUAUGUGACAAUGGGAUGGAUUUGAAGGGCAAAUCGUAACGUUUUUUUUUUUUUAGUUUAAUGACUUCGAGGACAUGACAAACGCUUUUCAUCAGUGCUUUUGACGGAUUUGUACUGGGAAGCAUGGAAUUUAAGGUCGCAUGUUUUUACAUGUGUUUACUGCGUACUUCUGUUCUGAAAAAAAGACUCGAUGAGAAGCCAUUUGAAUGAACAGGGGAUCGAUGUUGGCUUGAGAUAUCCAUCAAGCAUACUGGAACAGCGUAUUUUAAAGACGUGUAGGCUACGCUUCCUCACACCUAAUAUAUAUAUGUAUUUUUCGCUGAGGAAAACCGAGCAAUGAAUGAAUGAACGACAAAGGCAGUUUUUGGAGCCAUUUCCCCCCGAAUCUGAGCUAUUUGGGUCCGAUGCCACCCUCUAAAUUUCGCACGCAAACGAGUGUGGUCAGGAAUGUCCUACCUUUUCGAUGUGCUCUGUUUUACACACAUUUGGUAAAGGAAACUUCUUCGCGCGAUUCAUCAAGCUGGUGAUAGAUUAUUUAAAAGAAAAGAAAGGAAAGAUUCAGCGCACAUCUCUCCCCCUUAGCCGUCGACGAGAACUGUAUAUAACGUUCCAAAUGGAGUUGUCACUCUUGGUUUUAACCCUAAUAUCUUGGGUCUGUGUUUGGGCGGACGACAGCAAGGUGAUUUCAGACAGAUACGCAGUCUACUGGAACAGCACAAAUCCCAGGUUCCAGCGGGGGGAGUACACUGUGGAGGUGAGCAUCAAUGACUACCUGGACAUCUACUGCCCCCACUACGAGGACCCCCUGCCGCAGGAGAGGAUGGAGCGCUACAUCCUCUUCAUGGUCAACUACGACGGCUACACCACCUGCGACCACCGCAUGAAGGGCUUCAAGCGCUGGGAGUGCAACCGGCCGCAGAGCCCCAACGGGCCCCUCAAGUUCUCCGAGAAGUUCCAGCUCUUCACCCCCUUCUCCCUGGGCUUCGAGUUCCGCCCGGGACACGAGUACUACUACAUCUCAUCCCCUCAUCCUAACCUUGUUGGGAAGCCCUGCUUGAAGCUGAAAGUAUACGUGAAGCCGACAAAUGACUCCGUGUACGAGUCCCCAGAGCCCUUCCUCACCGACGACAACUCGGGCUGCGGGCUGGCCGGCCCCCGGGUGUCUCUGACGCUGGCCGCGCUCUUCACACUGCUGGCCACGUCGUAGCACCGCCAUGGGAGCGGGCAAGGUACUGCUGGCGCACCCAGGGCAACGGACACGGAGACCCUGCGGCGGUCGUGCCCGCGUGCUCCACCCCCUCGCCAACGCCGCCGCCCGCUCUGCCGUCGCCGCCCCCACCCAGCGCUGCUCGGGCGCGGGAACGAGCCCGGAGGGCCUUCGGCGUGCUGGACCCGACCGGAGCUCCGCAGGAACUGCGCGGCUCUCCGCCCGCGCCCAGUCCCCGGCCGCGACUCCACGAGCUCCGCGACGAAACCGGGAUUCCCGGACUCUUUUCGAGCCUCUCUGUUUGUUGACCGAGCCCCCCCCGCCCAGCUCCCCAACCACUUCCUCCUUCGUGGUGCUUGUCGUCUGGUGUGCUUCUUCGCUCACGUCGAGGCCAGGCUGACCGUUGGCCUCCUUCAGUUCCCAGGAUUUUCACUCCUCCGCCUGUACAAGCUGGUGUCUGUUGUGUGCGUUUGUUUUCUAAAACUCGUCCUGCAGUGACUGGAGAAACGGCCAGCGGACAUCUCUCGUAGCCGUCGGCGUUGUCCAAACUCCCCCUCACCCUCUCUGCCAAUAAAGCAGCAAAAGGCAUUUACUGGAAACCUGCCAAAGACACCCUACUUCUUUGUUUUUUUUUAUGAUGUUUCGAGGUUGUUAGACCUUCAGCAUUUGCCCUUGGAAUCCUCUAGUGUCACUUGAGCUGGUCCCACGGAGGGCAAGAUGAGGGUUUUCUUUUUUAAGAGAAAAAAAAAAUCUUUUUUUAAAAAAAAAGGUUUGGUGAACCCACCUUUUUCAUUGGUGCUGAUGAGCCUCUUCUCGCCCCCCACAAAACCGCAGCAUUGAAGAGACGGGCUUUGAUUCUGUGACGAUGAUCAGUUUUGUGAAUUGCCGAUGUUCUACUGAAUGUGGAGUUUCCUUUACUGCACCCAGUGCUCCAUUUACACCUUCCCCUCCAAGGUACAUGAGAUCUUCGCAGCUGCUCAGUGUGGAAGGACAACCCCCUGCUUGACUGUUGUGAGCGCUCUGAGAAUUGUGCGACUCGGGGGGGGGAUCAGAAAUGUCCCCCCUAGUGGUGGGAAAUUGUCACAGCAGCUGCCUUCAGAUAUUUUGAAGCUUCGUAGCACUUCUGCUUACUGAAAUGGACAGUCCCGUUUUGUAACCUGACUAAAAAGGGAGUCAAUUUCUGACUGAUUUAAAAGAAAUUAACAAUUCUCUCCAGAGUAGGCAUCUCAGAUAAAAAAAAAAGGUUUUAACAAGACCGGAAGAAAGGACAAAACAUUUUAAAUGUAUCUAAAUGCAACUUUUCUAUUUUAUUUUAUUCCAUGCUAUUUUUUACUUUUGUUUUUUAAAAGCAGCAGAAAUGAUUCACAUGUGCUAUUAUUAUAAUGUAGUCCCUGCAGUGUGUAGAGCGAUGAUGGCACCUGUCUGUGCAGACAGACAGGUUUAGAGGAGUCCGCUUUUUUGCUAUUGUUGUUGUAGUUUUUUCUUGUGUGUAUCACAAUGCAUUCUGGUACUUGUAGUCCCGUAACAAUUUUGGGAAAAUGGUCAAAAACAUCUAAUGGUGUAAUUGCAAACCAACUUAUUUUUCCUUUUCCAUUUUAUUUUUUCCAUGUGCAAAUGUGUUUCAGUUUCUUAUGCAGUGUCUUGCUUUUUGGCAAAUGAAAGCUUCAAGAAAAGAACUUAAAUAAAAGCUUUUGUUCAUAGCAAAAACAGUUCUGGUUAACAGAAUGGAGUAUCUGUGUAACAUUUAAAAGGAUCUGUAACCAUAAAGCAAUCAGUGACGAGUUAUUUGCUUUAAAGUUAAAAUUCAUAUACUGUAUAUAGAACACAUGUUUCCUCACUUGAAGUGGGAGGUUUACUUAAGUGAUUUUAUAUUCACUAAAAGAACUUUCAAAACGUCCAGUCUGUUUUUGCAUAUAUUUGCAAAUUGGUUAAAUCACACUUCAGUUGAAAGAUUGAAUAUAAAAUAAAACAGUGUUUAAGAGAAAAUAAAUAUUUGUACCAAGUAAACAUUUACUUGCAUUGCUACCCUUUUAAAUUAUUUCUAAAAACCCUAGAACAGAAAGACAGAAUUGGUUGACUAGACUUGACCAAAAGAUUGAUCAUCUUCAUCUUCCAGGUGCCUAACGAGCUGAUAGAAUGAUAGCUCUCUGACUCCAUGUGAUGGGUGUAUGAUUCUUGCUGGGAUAGUGAAACAGUUCAAGAAUGGUCUCUCAGUCUCUACUAGCCACUGCCUUUUAAUAUCUCUUAAGGGUUGUGCAAAAGUCCAUAAAUGUCCAUUCAUUUAUAUGGUUAAGAAUGCAAUCUACCAAAACCAGUUUUGCUCCUCCUUAUGGUUUCCACAACCCCAAAGUGGUUUCCGUUUCUCUCAAAUGCCGAGUCACUGGAACGUCACAAUUUUUCACCUCCCCCCAACAGUGAAAUAAUUGAAGGGUGCAUUUAUUUCUUUGUGAGCCUUUCUGAUUAACCUGAAUCAGGUCACUCUUAGGGGUCAUUUAAAAGUUCUAAAAUUUCCCAGGGACGCCUAGGGCAUUCUCACAACAAAAGAGCUGAGGGUAAUAAAGGGAAAUUUGUCCCCACAGCACAGUUAAUUUACCUGUAACCCUGCACCUGUGUCACUCAAAGUAAGGAAGAAGCAGACUAAAUUCAGGUACUACAGAUGUCUGAGACUAUAUUUAUCUUUAGAUAACUUCUCCAGGUUGGGGUUGGAGACACAGAUAUGAGAGGAUGGUGUUAGAUAUGUUUAUUAAUUAAGGAUCUAGAACAGACUACUUGUGUUAAUUUAAAGGCUUAACAAAGGAGGAACCGAAGACUCAUUCAGCCUGGUGUAAAGUUUUGGUUGUGUUGCAGUGCAUUUUAUCUAACUGUUGUUUGAAAGUAAAUGCACAAGAUCCCCUACUUUUCUAGUGGACAGGAUUUUCCUUAUUAGGAAAAUGCAUAUGUCCAGCUGAUGGGUGGACUGGAUAGUUCCAAGGAGCUGCCCAAAAUUUUGGUUCAGAAAAUCAUAGGCCUUCUGUUCAGCUUCAGGUGGUACUAACUCCAGGAGAAAUACUGAUACAUAAAUUCUGGUAUUUUAAUAAAGAAAAGUGCUGGCUUGGGAUCACUAGGAUGAGAUAUUGGUUGCUUAAGCUCACACUCCUAGUGGAGAUGUUUUGAAUGACCAUGGGGAGCUGGAAAAGAAGACUGAAAAACUUCAUUUUUAAAAUGUUUUCCUCGAUUUUUUUUUUUUUAAUGAACGCAGAGCCUUGGCUGCAGAGACAGCAGUCCUGUGUUUUCAGAAGCAUCAUGGUUAGGCGGGGAUAGGUUUUGUAUGACCAAUAAAUAGAACACUUCUGUUUCAGUCCACCUCUGUGUCUAUAUGAUACAAAUAAAACAUAUACAGCAUAUAUUCAUUUUGUCUCAGAGCACAUAACCCCAAAUUCAUUGACAUUAUGGCAAUUUUUUGGUAGACCACGGAAAUCCCAAAUAUUGUAGCUUGAUGUUUAGAACAGGCUCAUUAUCCCGAGAGCACAGCUCUCUUUCUCAUGUUAUUCCUGAUGGGAAGCAACCAGGAAAAUUUGUACUGUAUAAGGGCCAGAUAGAAACUGAUGCCCCACUUUCUUUUCUCAAGCAAAAUGGAUUUGCCAACUAAUUGCUGCAGGGCUCUAUAGGUAUAUUGUGGAGCUCUGCAGCAAGGAGAGGGCAAUUUCAGUACUGAACGUUUCAUUCUUCUCCUGUGGGAAGUACAUUCUUAAAAAUUGUGCAUUUUCUGCGCGACCCUUGUAUCAUCUUACCAUAUUCCUUUAAUCCACGCAGUAAGCAUACGGUGAAUGGAGAGGCAUGAAAAAUAACAGUAAAAGGUGAAUGCUGUGCUGUGUAUUUCAGGGCUCAGUACUGCUUAUUGGUGGAUUGUGCACUGCCUGAUGAACACUAAUCUUUGACUGCUUAACGUUAAUUUAGGUGAGCUGUUCUAGGACAAGGACAAAUCAACAUCUGCGAAACCAGCUUAUAGACCUUAGUAAAAUAAAUAAAAUAUUAGCACCCUAUGAGCUUACCUUCACAGAAACCUGAGAUUUAAGCAAAGAGCCUGGUGACAGGAAUGACUCGGUGAUUGACUAAUUACACGGCCUCAAACAAGCAAUGAGAGGGAGACACCAGUGAGAGUGAAAAAAUCAGAAAUGCGGCAUUUAGCACCACAGGCAUGUCAGAAUUCUCACUCACGAGGUGUCUGCCACAGGUGCCCAUGGCAUCGUGUUGCCAUCAUGACCGUGUCCUUUCUGCGAUGGAUGAAACUGCUUGUGCACACAUGUGAAAUGAGAUAUUGUGUCCGUUCUUGGGCUCUCAUUGCCCAUUGGUAAUGUUCAGAGAUUCUCACCCCAAUGCUAAUUUCUUUACUGUUUUUGGUCUAUUUCGCUGUACGCCCACCCAGUUUGGUGAUCGUCAGGCAUUUCCUUCGGUCUCAGCUCCCCUGGAGAGCUGCAGGGAGAAUGAGAAAGGCCUCAUCUCCAAAUACAUGAUGAGCAAUUCACCCCUUUGGCAUCUGACACUCCAUUCACCCACAGUGCCCCGCAGGAUAGUCGGUUCUGAUUGGAGGAGCAGCCCAUCUCUCACUGACAUCACAGCAAGCCUGUAGCCGCCUAGAAAACUGCUGGAGUCGGUGGUUCGCUUAGAGAAAGCCCUGGUCAACUAAAAUCAGCUCUUCGCCGGCAGUGCUGCACUGGCUCUGCUUCACUGUCUGGGGCAUUGUGUUCGCAGUUAUCUCUGUCUUUUAAUUGUUUUUUUUUGGGGGGGUGUAAAGUAUGCUGCAAAGCAAAUCCAGAUUUCCCAGUGAAAGUCCAAAUCAAACAGAAAGUUGCUGUAAAUGCAGUAGCUUAAGGAGGAAGGUGGGGGUGGGGUGGGGGGGGGGAGAGAUUAAUUUAUUUUGAUUGACAGCCAUUGCUCUGUUGUCAUGGAGAGGGUAGCACCAGUGAUGGCCCCCACUGACAGGACUAAGUCCUCUGAAAGGAAGAGAUGGGUCACUGUCAUUUACUUUCACCUGCUUCUUAUAUUGAAUCAAUCUGGCAGGCAGAAAUUGAGAAGGAGUCAAAUCAUUCUGCUUUUGAUUUGGGUUUUUUUGUGUCCAGGACAAGUUUGUGUUGGUCACAGUGACAAAUGCGCAGACAACACCCCCUUGUAUAUCCAGCUGACACAUUUUUGAAAGAAAGCAAUAAUAUAAUGUCUGGUAGAUCCAGUCCCAGGAGCAUUUAUUUCCAUCCUUGGGUUUUUUAUGCUUUUUAAUUUUAAGGAGAUGUAUCCACAGAAAAUAAUCAGAAUGAAAUCGUGGAUAAUCUGUCCUGCUCUACAGGGGCUGAUACUACCUGUCAGACUGGCUGUAGCUCAUAUUUAUGUUGCAUCUUUGAUCUUGUUAAUUGAACAGAGUGACCCCUUCAGCCAAAGUUUGAAGUCACAGGAAAGAAAUGUACAUCUAAAAUGUUCAGCACCUCCGUGGAAGAAACAUUGGCAGUAAUUGAUCGGAAUUAAUUAUUUAUUGCCACUUCAUGGUUCUGUUGCAGUGAGAGAAAUAGAAGUCAAACAAAACAGACUUGGGUUUUGUUUGAUUAGCAAUGACUUCAUCCGCGCCCAGAGGGUUCCAAGGUAGCGGUUAAUGGGGAACAUUAAUGUCUGAUGGAGAGUGUUAUGUCCUCACUUUAUCUUUGAUUGUUAAAUGUUAUUUGACAAACUGAUUCAGAAGAGUCCGCAAGAACUGAGUCAGGCACUAAAAUGAAACACAAACUGGCUAAUGUCAGUGCAGCAGAACAAACCGAAAAGACUCUGCGGUGAAUUAGCACAGGAAGAAAUUGAAUGAGACAAGAAAUUUUUCAACAAAAAACGUAGCUGGGUAUGCCAGGCUUUUUUUAAGCCAUUACUACAUUCUGAAAAUAAGCAGAUAAGCAUUUUUAAGACAUUUUCGUUUAGCUGCUUUUCUGAGUCAAACCCUUUAAUUUCUUGUUUUGAAACAAAAAUUCCAAAACACAAUCCUUACCCCCCUCACCGGCGCACAGAACUCCGUCCCACCAGAGAGCCCCUCUCAGAAGCCACAGUCUCUCUUCGGCCUUUGGAAAUCAAAAACAUCACUUGAGUCCUACUGGGUCCCUGUGUGAAAUAUGUUUCCUGUGUGGAGCAGUUUUCAUGAAAUUGCAGUUAACAAGAUAACGUCUGAUUGCUGUCAUUGCUUGUUCUGAACGAUGGGAUACCGAAACCACUCAGACGUUUAAGCCAAAGCAAAGUGUUGAGCUCUUUUUUUUUUGUUUUAAAACACCAUAAUUUUGAGCGAAUGGAGAGACUGGGGUGAAAGGAAACGAUUUCAGAACAAUGAUAUUUCAAAUUGUGUUUCUCUAGUUGCGUUUCCUCUCUCCCUGGUGAUCCUGUCCCCUCAAAUCAACGCUACCAAAGCGACACCCCGAAAGUUCCCUGACAUUGCCUGAGGAUUACCGCUCACCGUAUUGUGACAUUUAAAAAUGUUUUUAAAGAGAAAAAUUCCCUUUUCAGGCUACUUUCCUGCUCAGUCACUGCUCCUAUUUUUCUGACAUUUUGUUUGUAUCUCAGCAGUUACACUCCCAGAAAGAAGAAUUAAAAGAGCAGCAUGCCUCAUAGUUGUGCUGUAUUUCAUCACAAACAGAAGUAUCCAAGAAAAUUGGGAUACCUGCCAUUUCACACAGGUGUUUUAUCCUCAGUGGAGUCACUUGGCUAAUAUUCUGUGACUCUUAUUUUUAGACAAACAGCUUCCUGCUUUUUCCAAGGGUGGACUUUCAAUAACUGGCAAAGAAUAUGUCUACUAAUGAAUUCUUUAAAAAUGCGUACUUUAUUCAAUACCUUUUAUUGCAGAGGAGCACUUACAAAGGCAAGGUUCAUUAUCGGAGAGAAGCCCAUGAGAUUAAUUCUCUGUAAUAUCAGUAAAUCACUUUUCUUUUUCUUAGAAAGUGGCAUUGAAACUUCUAAUUAAUAGAGAUGUACCUAAAUUAAGAAAUUCAUGGAUUAAGAAAAUAUAAGUCAUAGACUGCUACCUAGUGAUCUCUCAAGUAACUAAAUUACUUUCAGAAACAAAAAUAUAACUUUUGUUAUGCAUUUAGCGCUCGUUAUGGCAUAAUUAAAAUGUAAAGUGUAAAAUCAAAAGGUACAAACGAGGAAUGAAUCCUUGAUAAGAGACCAAGAAGCUAAUUCAAUAAGAGGCUUGUUAGAUGCAUUUUAUAGUUGCUCAAUAAAGCUUUUUUUCCCCAUAGAGUGAGAGAACCAUUAUCGAGCCAUUUGUUUUAUAUCAGCUUCUCCAUAUAUAGUAAGAAGCCAUCAAAGUCUUAAUUAGUUAGAAUAAGGUGCUUAAAUCUUACUUCAUUGCUGGGCCUUAAAAUAAGGUUUUGAACAAGAAAGAGCCAUGCUUCAUGAAUUUAUAUGUAUGGCAUAACUGGGACAUUUAUUUAACUACAUAAUUCUGGGUAAAUGCAGAUUGGGGGAAACAUUUUCAUGACAAAUAUUUCAAACCUGUGUUCCUCCUGCUGUGUUCACUUCUCCCUGGAGUUUCUUGGUGCUGUUUUUGGUUAAAUAUACCCAACUUAAACUGGUUUUAUAAAUUAAUCAAUUUAAUAUAGUGGUGUUUGAUAUCUUUCAUCUCCAAUUCAUACAACAGUAGGCUAUUUUUGUCACUGUUUCUUAGGCCUUUUAGAUAAAGAUUUAUCAUAUUAUACUACUAAAAAAUGUUGUCAUUGUCAGCAAAGAUGGAAUACCCUCUUCACAGACUUAACCAGUAUAUACUUCACUCAAAAGACUUCAGUUUCUAGAAAGGUGUUCAGAAAAAUGUCAUUUUGAUAGCAGGCAAUAUUUUAGGACAUUUAAUAUAUAGAAAGGAACUUAUUUUUUUCUGUUGUAUGCAAAAGAUUGCUGAAAUUCCAGCUAUGCAGAAACAUCCUUUUAAAAGCAUUUUUGUUAUUUAUCGAUUCUUUGUUAAAAAACGUAUUGCAAGCCCUUACAUAUAAUUAUUGUGGAUCAAUGAAGGCUUCUCGUCACCUCCAUUGUGAAACAUUAUGAUUAUUUCUCAAAGGCAUGAAAUAUCUUGUCCAUCACAGCAUGUAACUUUGAUUUUACACAGCGCUUAUAACCACCUUUGGCAGACGGACUGGUCGUUUUCAAAAAGACCUUAUGAUUUGUAUUCUGAACUGACUGCAACUGUACAAAGAAAGCAAAGCCUUUACGAUAUAUUUUUUACUCUUUUUUGAAGGGCAUUUAUGGAAAUACCUAUUCAGAUGAAUCCGUUUCCUUAAGGAAUGUAUACUUCGGAAAUGCCUACCCAUGAUUUUCUAACUUCUAAUUUUCUAUGGGUGCCUGCAGCGAGCUGAGGAUUUUCAGGACGGAGCACUAGAAGCUCUGGUCUCACAAUUCUAACGUUAUAAGGCUCUGAAUCAGGGGUGCCAGCCUUGCAAUUUUCUUUUUACUGACUUACUGAAAGAAAAUCUCCUAGUUCUUACUAAAAAACACACUAUUCCCUUGGCUAAUCCUCUUGGCUUGACAUCUUGGGGUUCCAUUUCCUGCAGUGAGAAGCUAGGGAGUUUCUUCACCCUGUUUUUCAUUGCCUUGGGUUUUCUCUGCCCUUUAGACACAAACCUACCACACGAAAGAAACGGCUUCUUAAAACACCAGUGCCUUUUCUCCAUCCGAAAUAAUCAAAAUCAAAAAUGGGUUUAUGGAUGGGAGUAAAAUUGGGCAUUUUUUACCAGACAGCUGGCAGCCCUGUUCUGAAUUCUAGCUAGGAGAAAAAUAAAAUAAUGGAGCAGGCAAACAUCAGCAAAUUACAAGUGGUGUGUGAAUCCGAGGGCAGUAAAUUUAAAGAUGUCUGCCCUGUGAAAACGGGGGCCCUGGGUUUUUUACCCUCCUGGACAGCACAGGACCUGAAUACAAAACGAUCUGGUAGCAAGCAAAAUGGAUUGGCACAUAAGGGUUCUGGGCAAAGUGCGUUUGAAGAAACAGCAGAUUUAAGCCUGCUGUGCUUAAUAGGAUCAUCUGAAAAAUCUGCCUUUUUGACUGUUGGUUUACGGGGAAAAAAAUAAAACUUUUAUCACAAGAGCAAGCGGGGGGGUGGGGGUCGGGGGGGAUGUUUUGUUAACUUGAAUAGAAAUGUGUUUUCCCUUGUAGGAAUCCUAUAGAAUAGAAUAUUUGCGGAUUGUGUACAGAAUAUGUACGUGUAAGUGGAAAAGUCAUUUUAAUUUAAUUCUAGUUCUAUCCUGCUCCCCAUUCUCUAUUAAACAUAAUGGUACAUUACAAGCCCUCCUCCUUGUUAAUCUGUCUUUUCUUGGCCGAGAUUUGUGAAUCCCAGUGAAAUGUAUGGAAAUCUGGACAAGUACAGACCCUGUAUAGUUUCUAGGAUGUGUGCCGUAUGUUUUGUAUAGCGAUCUAUGUGGAGCACAGAUUGUUUUCUGUCAGGCAUGCCUUAACUUUCGUCAUCUUUUUUUGGUUCUGUUUAACAUAAUUAUAUAUUUUUUAUUUUUUUGUAAAAUAAAACCUGUUUGCUUGCUGGAAUCUUUUUUUUCUGGGGGGGGGAAGAGGGUCAGAUUUCACUGUAUCUCAACCUGGACUAUAUCCUAGGUAUGCGCCUUUCCGUUUUUACUUCAUAACAUACGUGGCUUGUGGUUACCAAUGGUUAUCAGCUUUGGAAUUCUGUAUUUUUUUAUGAUACAAAUAUCAAUAAAUGAAAGUACAAAUAAAUAAA